CCCAGCACCGAAACCGAAAUGUCCGAAAAGACGGAAAUUUCGGAUCCAAAAUUCGACACCAUAAACAACAGAUUCAGCAACUAUGAUCUUUUUGGUGGGAAAUACGACGUCGAGAGUGGGGAGUUGCGGUCGUUAUUCCGAAGUCGCUACAACAGCAUUGAGGAGGAACUAGCUAACACACCUUACGCAUUCGCUACGGAACGCUCGCUUCGUUUUAACGCGAACAGUCCUUUACUAGACAUUACAAUAAAAUCUCACUCGGGCGAAUCGCCCUCCAAAGAUAUCGAAGACGAUCGAUUUUUUAAUCGCAACACCGAAGGGUUGUUUGGCUCACAAAUCGAUUUCGAGACAUCGAUCAAAACUUCCGAUGAAGAGGACAGUCCUUCGUUUACUGUGACUCAAUUAAUACACGCGCAAGACCGAUAUUUCGAUCUGUCGUCGCGACAAAGUGUUGUCGAUAGUCCAAGGACUGAACUAUCUGAGAAAUCUGAAAAAACUGAUAAAUUAAAUAAAACAGUAACUAGUGGUAAGAAUAAAGAGAAAACCGUGAAAAGUGUUAGUAGUUUUCGUGUCAAAAGUGAACCUAAUUCAGCUAGGAAAGACAGAGUGAAACUUAGCAGUGGAUCAACUCUUAGCUCGGGGGUAGAAGCUGUUAAGGGUGCUCCGGUUGUACCUCAGAGCGUGCUCAAGGUUGUGCCUAAGAGUGUCCCUAAGAGUGUACCUCAGAGUGUACCGAAGGAAGACAAAAAUGAAGCAUUUAAGGUGCUGGGUCAGGCACCUGUGAAAACUUCACAGGAACCUACCGCUGUUCCAUCGCCAGCGGUGCCAACGCCGAAGAGAAACCGUGAGAAGUCAUUCGCGAUCCUCGCAGAUACUGUCUCCAGACCAUCUAGCCCAAGAUCGCUGCCUACCGAGGUACAGAGGGAAAGAACGUCGCCGUUCAAGGGUCGAGGCUUCAGACAAGAAACAUCCCGUCACACAACACCUAAAACAUCAGCUGCCAACUCCCGAUCGACAUCUCCGAGGAGACGAACUAGCUCUCUCUCCGGAGUUGACGACAUGGCCACUGCUGCUCUGCCCCCACCCCUACCACCGGUUCAUACUAUCAGUAGACCCCACUCACCUAGAAACUUCCUCAAAGAAAAUAUCGAAGAAGUCAGAGAGCUAAGCGAAUUAAAUAGAGAAAAGCAUGAGGCUGAAGCAGAACAAAAAAGGCUGGAAGAAGAAACUGCGUUGCUCAAAGAAAUGGGUCUACUAGACAUGCAUGCUAAGAGUGACGCUAUUAGAAGUGUUGUAUGUUCAAGAAACGCAUCGAGAAGCAAUUCUCCGAACAAAAUUAAACUGAGAUCCAGAUCUAACUCUCCUAAUGCUAAAAUCUUACCUUCAGCGAUAUUACAUUUUGAAAAUAUUUCAAGCGAUAGUAGUGAAUACAUCAAUGGCGACGACGGUAUGGCCCCUGUGACGCAUAACUCUAGGGUCAGAUCUGUGUCAAGGUCCCAACCUCAAUCAAACGAUGGAUCCCCAAAACAUUCCAAAAUUCCUAAACGACAAAGCUCUGUAUCUCCAUCUAGAAAAAGAGACAAGUCAAAUUCCCAAAAAGUCGAGAACAAUUUGAACAGAAAUCAAAGGUUCAUUUCAAACAGUACUAGCAGCAUUCAUGAAACUAUAAGAAUUGGGAGCCAAAACCAUGACAAAAAGAAUAUGAGCAAGAGUACUCAGUUGUUGAAUAUUGGGCCUGCACAUAUUAAAGGAAAACCUCCAAUAUCUCCUGGCAGGGGCGGCCCACCUCCUUCUAACAAGAAUAUCAAUCCGAAAAGACUCUCUCCCAUUGUCGGCACUCCAAAUAAGAGCCCUAUCGAAGAUUAUAAACCAGGCUCAGCACGAACGUCGAUUAAAGCUUCUCCUGUCGCUAAAAAGCCUAUAAAAACGGCCGGCAACACCCCUGCUACAUCUAGAUUAAAUUCUAGACAGCCUAGCAGAAACGUUAGCCGAGAUUCAAGCCCUGAGAAACGUAAAACUUCAACUAGAACUUCCUCUAUUAAAACUGUUACUAAACCUGUAACUAGAGCAGCUAGUACUAGGAUGACUCAAAAACCACCUGUUCCAAAAACUGAACAAAAAAAGCCUAUCAAUCGAACGAACAGUAUGAAAAGUCUAACUAGAACUCCAAGUAUGAAGACUUUAAACGAAAAACCGCCAAUGCUGAAGAAACGAGAUAGUAAAAAGGAUUUGAAAGCACAAUCGACUAGCAAAAUUGACGAAGUUGGAGUUAAAAAAGAAUCUGCUAAAAAUGAGAAGAAAUCCCCGGUGAAAACCGAAAAAGGCAAGAAUAUUACCGAUAAAAACACAUCUAAAUCUAGCAUUAAGGGAAAUAAGAAAGAUAAGGAACAAGAGAAUGAAGAAGUCAAGAAAACUAUUGAAUCCACGGCUGUUGGAGGUGAUGAAGUGACAACACAGGAUAAUGAAACUCAGUACGACAAAUUAACUAACGAAAAAGGCGAUCUUAUAAUUCUUACCAAGAAAAAUAUUGUGUCAAUGACAACGGCAGCAAUUACCUCACAGCCUUUAGAAGUGGUAACUAAAGUUACUAAUCAGUUACCUACAGUUUUAGAGAAAGCUAGAGAGAAAGGCAUUUUUGAAAGGAACAGCUCUAAAGACUCUCUUGCUCCGAAAGAAGACGACAGACAGCAAACUAAGACAGAAGAGAAGAAAGAAACAUCAAAAGAAAAAAUUGAGGAAGAAAAAUCUGACUUACAUAAAGCAAAACCACAAGCUAUGACUUCUAAAACUAACGCUACAAACCUACCUGAAGAUAACGUGAAACUAAAACCUCUUUUACCACCGUACAAUAACCCACAAGUAGAAAGAGUUAAACAAAGAAUAGAUGACAUUUUAAAAUCACCUGAAGUGUCUACAGAAAACAUUAUCAACACACCCACUCCACCACCAAAGCUCAAAACGUUUAAAAACAUAGCUGACAGAACCAAAAAUGACAUUAAGGAUUCUAAAGAUGAAACGACUAAUAAAUUUAUGAAUCUAAAAAACCAAAUGGAGAAACAGAAAGUUGUAACAACAACAGAAGAAAUUCGUACAGAAGCAACUAAAAUAGUUGAGAGUAUUAUAACUCCUGUUGAAGAACCGAAAGAGGCAGAGAAACCUGAAAACCCUAAAGAAAAAGUAAAAAAGGAGAUAGAACCUAUAGUUAUGGUUGUAAAUGAGAAAACAAAUAGUCCAAAAGCAGAAGUAGUUGAAAAAGUAACAGAAACAUUAGUCAAAGGUGAACCUGAAGUGGAGGUACAGAGCUCUAACAUAUCCACGCCGGGCGUUGAGAAAAUGACGAUACAAAACAAGAUGGCGGAUAGCAAUGGAUCGGAUAAAUCAAACCAGAGCAAUGGCGGGUUUCCACAAAGCACCAGCACAACACCGAAACCCCCAGCGCGGACCAAAAAGGAAUCAAAAGACGACUCCAAGCCCAAUGAUUCCAAAGAAAGUACUCCAGAAACACAAAAACCUCCAAAUUUCUGUCAAAAACUCAUGGGCACUUGCAAGAAGUGCUGCACUUGCUGUAUCAAACCAGAAAACGAUGAGAAAGAGAAGAAAGACGUGGAAGCCGCCGUGGAAGGGAAACAGAAAGGAUUUAUGAGCAAGUUAAAUUGGUGUAAGAAGGAAGAGAAAGAAGACAGAGAUAUAGAGAUAGCAGCAGGAAAAGCAGCGUCAAUAGAGUUCGAAAGCGAGACGAAGCGCAAACGCAAAUUUCGGGACAUAAUGUGCGGAUGCUGCGGCAGUCGGCGACGCGUGAGUGAUAUCCCAGACCCCCCGCGACACGUCGCUGACCUCACGGCGCCCGCUGUCGUCGGAGACACUGGCUGUUGCGGAAGCAAAAGGGAUGUCGAGAGACGAGAUAGUAUAUUGAGCGACAGACCUCCCACCACGUGUUGCAACAAUAGAUUAUUUACAUGGAUGCGAGGGACCUGCCGGAGGAAUCAGUCUACAGAUGAGGUUCCUGCCAGCAGAAGGCAGAGUCUUUUCUCUAAGAACAAGAGUCUCUCGCCGACAUUACCGCCUGAGGACACCCGCACGAAAUUGGACCCUUCCUUGGUGGAGCACACGAGUGUGAUGCGAGGCGCUAUCCCGGUGCUGCCCAUAGCUCUCGCCUUCAUGUGCUUAGUUUGCAACGUGCUCAUACCUGGCCUUGGUACAAUAUUUAGUGGCAUGUUCUGCCUGUGCUUUGGUAUACCAAGAUUCGGUGUUCACGACGGAGCUAAACAUAGAAUAGGUUCAUUCUUUAUCAACUUACUGGUUGGAUGUGGGCAACUCUUCACCGUGCUGUUCUGCCUGGUGGGGUGGGGAUGGUCCAUCUGGUGGGGUGUCAUUAUUAUCAAGAUAUCACGUAAAUACCGCAAACUAAAAGCAGAAGCAGCAGCCGAAGAAGCCGAAGCAGCUGAGGCAGCAGCGCCUCCAAUAACGGCUAACAACCACACAUAAUCUUUACAUAACCUUAAUGAAAAGCAUAUUAAUUAGUACUGACUACAAAUGAGUGAAAGACAUUAUAUGGAUCCAUGAAUCGGAUUUUAACGCGUUCUCGGGCCUCGCCCUCACAACGUAGACUGCCCGUAUAAUACCUGUGUAAGUGUUAGCCAGAAGUCCAGAAAUAGUUAAGAUCUUGGCAAUAGCCAAUAAGAAUAACUGGUGAAUAGCGGCACACAAUUACACGUGAAACCUUUAAUAAAAUAUUGAAAAUUACACCUAAUUUUACCUAAGUUCGCGGUCCAUUCUUUAGUAGCGAUUGGUAGACAGAAGAUGUAAUGAGACAGAAGAAAAGCAUAAAUAUCUGCCUUCCUUCGAUUAAAUUUGGACACACGUGUAAAAUGUGUGACGAAAACUUUUAACUAAACUAAACCAGUCAUGAUUAGGCUGUUUGCUCUCAAGUACAGAAGCUGGCGACGCGGUUCCAUUCUUAAACUUCUUUAAGGGGCCAUUCUGCACUGUAGUAUUCA